UCAGCCCUACAUAUCUCUCCAAAAUAUCGCUUAUCGGCAUCUCUGAAUUCUCAACAAGUGGUAUUAACAUUUCAAUUUGUACUACCAGUACUACUUAGUACUUACUGUAUUAAACUACCAUUAGGUUGAGUGAAGCAGGUGGACUGUAGAUCACAUUUUCAGUCAUUUCUGAUUAUCAAAGCUUGAGUCUUUUUAAUUGAGAGGUCUACAGCAAAUAAAAGCAUGUGAUUUGGAGGAAGUGUUGCAUAUGUUUCUGUUAAAUGGCAAUGAUUAAAAGUCUGUAUUUAUGUUCAAGAAAUUUAUAUUGAAAGCCAAUUUUAAAGUAUUUUGACCAGACAAAUCAAAAUUUGUGAUUGAUAAAUACGAUGGAAAAAAUUCAGAUUCUGUAGACUUUACAUUUAUUAUUUUUCCAACAUACAGUAAGCCUGUUAGGUUUGUUUUCAGCAGAAUUGUUUACCCUAUACACUACAGCAAAAAAGACACCAACUAGACAGGUUGAGCAUUAGUGAUAAGUUUACAAUUGCUGUUCUGAGAACUUCUGUUGAGUCAACUGAUUUAGAAGUGUGGGUUUGAUACUGUUAUUUACAUUGUAGUAGUACAUUUUCUAAAAAGGAAGUACUUGGCAACAGAGUGUUUUGCAAUAAUGUUUUAAAAAUUGUGUAUGCCUGUGUUGUAGACAGGAGGGUGAAGCAAAUUUGCCUUCUUGCAAAAAUGAAAAACUGCUGAGGAAAUCCUGGUGACAGACAGUGCGGUCACAAAGUUAAAGUCCACACUCAGUGCUAAUUAAACUGAAGGUUAGCACCAAACUGAAGGUUAUUUUCUUUGCAAGUUCAGCAAAACUUUGUACAAAAUAACUCAAAUUACAAAAUGGUGAAAUUAUAAAACAUUAGCUAGAUGGUCUUAUUUCACUGUGACAAAUACUGAGUAGAUUGAUAAAGAUCUUAUACACUGGGUUUGCCUGACUUGCUGUUCCAGUAUUUGCUAAACACAAAGUGUGGCAUAGAGUUGUAUUACUAAAACAAUGUAGAAACUUAAAUGUCUUGCUUUGUAUUGACACACACAACCCAUUUCCUUGUCCAAUACCUGUACGGUUACAUGUUUCUUAAAAGUGACUUGUUGUUGCAAAGUUAGUGCAUUCAAAGUGCAACUUGAAACCUAAGGAUGUUGAUCAUACUGACCAACAACAGGAAAUAUAUCAAUUACAUUAAAAAUACAACUUACUUUGCUAAAGUUUGAAUACCCAAAUACAGGUGUCCAUGUAUAUUUUCCUCUAACAUCAUCAAAACAGUUUUAAGUUUGGUUUGCUAGUACAGACCAUUAAAGUUGUGAGUGCACUACAGGAGAUCUGACAGCACAUCUAUCCAUGAAAUGAGAGCCAGGGCCAGUGGGUAGUUGUACAACAACUCCCCAGUAAAUUGCUUUUCAGUAAUUCUGCACCCAGCCUUUGCCUCCCAGGUAAGUACAGUAUUUGAGCAGUGCACGGACACAUGCGAUGUCACAUUACAAGCUACAUCCCAAAGAGCCAUUAGGCUCCGAGCUCAUAAUAUUAUCUCCAUACUAGAGAUUUCAGCACAAGCUUUAAAGAUGCACUAUGUAACUUUUUGGUUGGGGGUUGGGGGUUGGCAAAGAAAAUUGCUUUGCCUUGAAUAUUCCACAGUAUGAUAUUAAACAGUUUUACCUUAUAUUUAUUCAAUUACAGGUGGUUUUGUAACUCAAAAAUACGUAGAAAAACAGGCAUUCUGACUGUGAGUAGGGUUGCCUCUCCACAGAUCUGACCUGCAACCUAUUCUGGUUUGUCUCCAUAAAAAAAGAAAGAUUUAAGGAAUAACAUCUCCAUGGAGAAAAGCAUUUGACGGGCCCUCCACCAGAAAAGUUACACAAUGGACCUUUAAACCGGGUUGUUUGUUGUGAAGAGAUGAAAGUGCAGAUGCUUUUUCCCAGGUGUUGUGGCUCAGUUUGUCAAAGUCAGACUUGAAUCCAUGGACAUGUUGAACAGGAUCUCACUCUUUCUGCAUUCACAGGCUGCUCUGAUUGUGUGACAGUCCUCCUGGGUCCUGUCUUAACUCUGAAGCCUUUUCCUGAUGUGAUUCUUUGAACUAUAAGCCUGUUAGGAAGCACUUUACAGUUGCCCGCAGGCUGCUUCCUUGUACAAGACUGCGCUACAUUAUCAUAAAACAUUUUCCUUCUGGCCUGUCCACCAUGUAAAACUGCAAUGAUUGUCUUCAGGCUGCAGGUUCACAUGUUGAAUGGAGCUUUACUGGCCCUUAUGUUCCCUGUAGUAAACACGAGACUGCUGCCGUUUGAGAAAGAGAUUUAUUACAUCCAACACUCCAUGCUGUACCUGGUGCCGCUGUACCUGUUCCGAAAAGGAGGUGUGUACAAGCCCGAGCCCCUGGGGGACAUGUGGUGGGCUUUGCUCUCCACUGGCAUCCUCUUCCUCUACCACUUUGUCUUCCUGCAGCUCCUCGGCCUGGUCACUGAGGUAAACCUGAACAACAUGCUGUGCCCAGCUGUGUCCGACCCCUUCUAUGGACCCUGGUAUCGGAUUUGGGCAACGGGACACCAGACCCUGCUGACCCUAAUUCAUGGGAAGGUUGUGACCUUUCUCUCUCAGCAUUUAGGCUCUGUCUCCAGAUACAUGCUGGACACUGUGCGGUUGCGGGGCAAGAAAAUCGACUAAGUGCCCAAGCGUUUGUGGAUGAGGGGAUUUUAAGUUAUGCUUAUGACAAUACUUUUUUUUUGCCAUUUGUGGGAAGUUUGUUGCAAGUUUGCAUCACUGUUUGUGUUGGUGGCUUGCAUAAAAGCUUGCAUGCACAUUAUAGGAAUUAUAAGGCAGACUGCUAAUUUUUUUAAGCCUCGUUUUAAGCAUUUCCUGAGAGUCUCAAAACUUGUUAUUGUAAAUGUGAGUAAUGGGACAGGAGCAAUACUGUUCUGCUGAUGUUACACUUUGUUUAUAUGUUAUAGAAGCUUAAGCUGCCAUUUCAAUUGUUUCAAAUGUAUGCUAAUGUGAGCCAUCAUAUGUCUGUUUGCUAACUGCACACAGAUCUUUAAUCCAUGGUUAAAAUAGCUUUUUUCAAUGUAUGUUCACGUUUAAUGUGGCCAUGACUGAAAGUAUAUUUUCAUUGUGUCCCUAUAUUCCACUGUGCAUGUGUACACAGAGGCAUUGUGGCAUCUUUCAUUCAGAUCAUUCCAGUUACAAUAUUCAGGGGACGUUGUGUAUGAAGAGAUCCCAUAUUGUGAAAGGAUCUAAAAUGGGAAUUUAAUGUCUCUGACCAGACAGCUGUUUGUGUGUUGGAAUAAAUGUUCUGUGUUGUUUGCCUGUAUCAAACACCUAAUCUAAAUAUGUUUGUGUAUUUCAGACACUUGAAUUAUUAUUACAGGGUAUCCCAAAUCCACUCCACUUGUGCAACAGAAGUUAACCGUGACAUUUACAUGAAGUCACAUUUAUUAACUACUCAUUAGGUAUUAUAAGCAAAAUACUCCAAAGUAUAACUGUACUUCACAUAGGUCUGAAUGUCUAUAACUGUAGCAAAUAUUGCACUGUAAAGAAGGGAUGUUUUCUAUGUGUGCUGUAUUCACCAUUAAAGUGUCUCAUUUGGUCA